GGUCGGGGGACUUGGCAUCGACUCCGCGCGCCGCGUGGAAAUUAUUCGAAGUUUGGAAUACAGCACAACGCGCCUUCACCCACGAUACCCCUCUUUUUGUCUUUGUUUACCGCAUACAACACAAGAUGGCCGCUCAGAUCGCAAACGGUGGCAGCGGAAAUGCCGCUUUCAAGGACAAGGAGAAGCCCAGAGCUGUUCGCAGCGCCAACAUCAUUGCUGCACGAGCUGUGGCUGAUGCGAUCCGAACUUCCUUGGGACCAAAGGGUAUGGACAAGAUGAUCCAAACCGGCAAGGGUGAAACCAUCAUCACCAACGACGGCGCCACUAUGCUCAGCCAGAUGAGCGUUCUCCACCCCUCAGCGAAGAUGCUCGUCGACCUCGCACACGCCCAAGACAUUGAAGCUGGAGAUGGAACAACAUCAGUCAUCGUCAUUGCUGGAAGUCUGUUGGGCGCAGCCGAGCGCCUACUGUCAAAAGGCAUCCACCCCACCGUCAUUUCAGAGGCUUUCCAGCGUGCAGCACGCGAGGCGAUACAGAUCUUGACAGACAUGUCAAUCCCUAUCUCCCUGACCGACAGACCGACACUUCUUAAGACCGCGACUACUGCGCUGUCGUCCAAGAUCGUCGCACAGGAACCUAAGCUGCCCAUCAUGGCAGUCGAUUCGGUCCUGAAGGUCAUUGACCCCAAGACCGCCAACAAUGUCGACCUAAAGAACAUCAGGAUGAUCAAGAAGCAGGGUGGAACCAUCGAGGACAGUGAGAUGAUCGACGGCUUGGUGCUCAACCAGCCUGUAGUGAAGAGCGCUGGUGGACCCACAAUCAAGGAGAAGGCACGGAUAGGUCUCAUUCAGUUCCAGCUGAGCCCUCCCAAGCCGGAUAUGGAGAACCAGAUUGUCGUCAACGAUUACAGGCAGAUGGACAAGAUCCUCAAGGAGGAGCGAACAUACUUGCUCAACAUGGUCAAGAAGAUCCAGAAAGCGAAGUGCAACGUUCUCUUCAUCCAGAAGUCGAUCCUGCGCGAUGCUGUGAACGACCUUAGCUUGCACUUCUUGUCCAAGCUGAAGAUCAUGGUUAUCAAGGACAUCGAGCGUGAUGAGAUCGAGUUCAUCUGUAAGAGCACAGGUUGCAAGCCGAUUGCGGAUGUCGAUUCUUUCACCGAAGACAAGCUUGGCUCUGCAGAUCUCGUGGAGGAGGUCCAGGCAUCAGGCGCACGCUAUGUAAAGGUUUCCGGCGUUAAGUCGGCAGUAUCGACCGUUUCUAUCGUCUGCCGGGGAGCCAACACGCUUAUCCUGGAUGAGACUGAGCGCUCGCUGCACGACGCUCACUGUGCUAUCCGCUCACUGGUCAAGAAGAAGGCUCUUCUCGCUGGUGGUGGCGCACCGGAAAUCGAGAUCGCACACCAGCUUUCCCUCCGCGCCCGCGAGUUGUCUGGCACAGAAGCAAUCUGCUGGAAGGCUUUCGCCGACGCUAUGGAGGUCAUUCCCACAACUUUGGCUGAGAACGCCGGUCUGAACAGCAUCAAGGUCGUCACAGAGCUGAGACAUAGGCACGCACAGGAUCAGAAGAAUGCCGGUAUCAGCAUCAAGAGUGGAGGGGUGAAGAACGACAUCGCAGAAGAGAAUGUCCUCCAGCCCCUGCUCGUCAGCACAAGUGCGAUCGAGCUAGCGGCGGAGACAGUGAAGAUGAUCCUCCGGAUUGAUGACAUUGCUCUGUCGAGGUAAAGGUUAAUCUAUCCCGUGGAUAGAUGUGCACGAAUCACAAUGUCGGUUCAAGUAAGGCACUCUUGUUGAACUAGCAACGAGCAGUCGAAACCAACCAUGAGUAAUGAAAAAGCCAUUGAAGCAAACUUUGUGCACCCAUUUCAAGUCCACAAAUCAAUUGAGACUGAGGUCUGCUGCAGAUGAAUGUGUA